CGGUUUGCCAAGAAACUUCCCUUCAUCCCUGUCUGCUUAAGCUGCUGCGCCACAAUUAGUCUGGUGGGCAAGUGCAUAACCCAGGACUAGUAAUGGCGUCAAAGCUUGGAGGGCAAGCGUUCAGCCAAACCGUCCCGGACGACGACUGGGCUGUGACUGAAAAGUUCUGUUGCGAGCGCGUGUGCGUCACCGACAAAUUGGUGGCCAAGGUCGGAGGCGCAGCAAAGGACGCGACCAAGGGCAACUGUGUGACGGUGUGCGGCGUGUCGGCGCAAGACGCCUGCACGGACGCCUGCGCUCGCGCCGUGUGUGUAUCAGCCUCCCACGUGCCCGCCUGGAACGACGCCUGCAUACGCCGCUGCACCGCCGAGUGCCUGCGGACCAAGCAGGCGUCCGCGUCGGUCAACCCAAUACAGCAGGAGUAGGAGCAGCAGUAAAAGUGGCAACAGCAACAGCAGUAGCAGCACCAGUAGCAGUAGCAGGGGGCGGGGGCAGCAGUAGCCGUGGCGCUGUGGGAGGGACUGGACCAGCCAUGACAGGGGGGGUUAGUCCACCGAGGCCAUUGCGGGCCAGCUCGACAGGUCACCAUGGGUGCCUCCCUGGCGCUGAGGGCUCAGGGGCAGCAGCAGCAGCAGUCCGGUGCUCCAAUUGCGGUGGCCAACACCGCCGUGUUCGCGGCCGGUCCCGACUGUGACGCUGGCGCGGAGCAGCGGCAACUGGAGCAGCAGGAACAGCCUUUGCAGGAGAACACAAGUGUGUCGUUGAAAGCAGACAGCAGGAUGAAGAGAACUUGGGAGGGUUUUCCACCAAGACGAGCCCUAGUUUGCAUGCGUUGUGCAGCGUGCCCAUGCAGGAUGGGUUAGCGAAGUGUUUGCUAGUGAAUGCGAAUGCAAGACGCCGUCGCGAGCUCCAGGCUAGCAAUAAACAUCACGAAAGAAGAGGGUUCUACGUAAGGCGGGUCUGUGCUGGCACACGCACUUCUGAUAUGUCACUACGUUAGGCGGAUUGCCAUCUUGCAGAAGUGUACCUGUGGGACAAAUGGAGGUGUAAGGAAGGGUACUAUCAAGUGAUUGGAGUCUGCACGGACGACAAAUGAGUUUUGGCAGGGGAAGUAGCUGAUGGACGACAGGUUCACCACCCUUGCUGGCGCUGGCAAUCAGUCGUGGACCGAAGUCUGGUGCUUGCGUUGUGGUAUGCAUUGCAGGAUGUACAGCAAUUGGUAGUUGCGGCGACCGCUGAAGUGUGGCCUUCUCUUGGUGGUCAGGGCGGCGUGGACCGCGCGUGCAGGCCAAGGUUGGUGGCAGGUUGCGGGCUAGGCGUGUUCGUACAGAGAAGCCUCGCACCCAUGCAUGAACAACAUACUUGGGUACCAAGUUCUGGCUUGAUUUAUACUGUAGCUCGAGCCCCA